AUGACUCGCCUCUCUCUCCACCUCCCCCCAUUCGCCCACAAUUCCCUUGCAUUCUCCCCUUUCUACGAAACUCGCCUCGCCCUCGCUUCGGGAACAAACUUCUCUUUGGUCGGGAAUGGUCGUGUGUCCGUUGUCCACCUUGGGGAAGGGGUCGAAGGCGGGCAGGGAAUCGGCGUCAUGAGAGGAUGGGAUACGAGGGAUGGGGUCUACGAUGUGGCCUGGAGUGAAGUGCAUGAGAACCAGCUUGCAGCAGCCCUGGGGAACGGAUCAAUCAAGCUCUACGACGUGACACUGGAUCAAUUGCCUAUACGGUCAUGGCACGAGCAUACCGCAGAGAUCAUGACUAUUGAGUGGAAUAACCUCCAGAAAGAUAUAUUCGUGACUGCCUCCUGGGACCAAACAGUCAAGAUCUGGAACCCCUCAAGAGAGACAUCUCUUCUGACCAUCCCCGCCCAUCCAUCGCAGAUAUACAGUGCCACAUUCUCGCCACACUCGCCUACUAUCCUUGCUUCCUGCGGUUCCGACGGCUUCAUCCGCAUAUGGGACACCCGUCUGCCUACCCCACCUCCUGUCAAGACGUCUAUUCCCCCUCCCCCAGCUCAGUUGCAGGCCUCACAGUCUGUGCAGCAGAUAAAUUUUAGUGAAGGUGAAAUCUUGUCAAUUGAUUUCAACAAGUAUGUCCCGCAUAUGCUAGCGUUUUCGUCGCAGGACGGAAGUGUGUCCACUGUGGACUUGAGAAAUACGCCGAGAGGGGCAGAAGGUAUGGGGGUAAGGCAGGUUGGCAAGGCCAAGCUCGGGGCAAGGAAAGUAAGGUGGGAUCCGCAUGGAAGCGGUAGGCUGGCUAGUGGAGGGUAUGAUAUGGCUUGUCGGAUGUGA